AAGUAUGGAACUGUGGGAGAGCUUUCCCAAUCAACAGGAGGACACUGAUAGCUGUACAGAAUCUGUGAAGUUUGAUGCUCACUCGAUGACCACUUUGCUUCCUCCGAAUCCUAAAAAUGGCCCAACUCUUCAAGAGAAAAUGAAGUCUUUCAGAGCUGCACUGAUUGCCCUUUAUCUCCUUGUGUUUGUAGUUCUUGUACCUAUCAUCGGAAUAGUGGCAGCUCAACUCCUGAAAUGGGAAAUGAAGAAUUGCACAGUUGGUUCAGUUAAUGCAAAUGAUAUAUCUCCAAGUCUCGCAGGAAAAGGAAAUGACAGUGAAGAUGCAAUGAGGUUUCGAGAAGUCGUUAUGGAACACAUGAGCAACGUGGAGAAGAGAAUCCAAUAUCUUUCAGAUAAUGAAGCCAAUCUCAUAGAUGCCAAGAAUUUCCAAAAUUUCAGUGUAACAACCGAUCAAAGGUUUAAUGACGUUCUUUUCCAGCUAAGUUCCUUACUUUCCUUCAUCCAGGGACAUGGAAAUGUAAUAGUUGAAGUCUCCAAGUCAUUAAUAAGUCUGAACACCACACUGCUUGAUUUGCAGCUCAAUACUGCAACACUGAAUGCCAAAGUCCAAGAGAAUGCAUUUAAACAACAAGAGGAGAUGAGUAAAUUAGAGGAGCGUGUGUACAAUACGUCAGCAGAAAUUAAGUCUCUGGAAGAAAAACAAGUGCAUUUGGAACAGGAAAUAAAAGGAGAAGUGAAACUGUUGAGUAACAUCACUAAUGAUCUCAGGCUGAAGGAUUGGGAACAUUCUCAGACACUGAAAAAUAUCACUUUAAUUCAAGGUCCUCCUGGACCUCCAGGUGAAAAAGGAGAUAGAGGUCCCACUGGAGAAGUUGGUCCACAAGGCAUUCCAGGUCCAGUAGGUCCUCCAGGUCUUAAAGGUGAUCGAGGAUCCAUUGGUUUUCCUGGAAGUCGAGGAUUCCCAGGAUCAGCGGGGAAGACCGGGAGGCCAGGAAAUUCUGGACAAAAAGGCCAGAAGGGGGAAAAAGGGAGUGGAAGCGUGCUAAGACCAGCAUAACUCCCUGAUCAUAUUAGGGCAGGCCCCUUUGAAGAUCAGGUGGGUUGGGCGGGACACCCUGUGCUACCAUCUCACUAAAAGGACCUUCACCUCUGGACAAGUCACAGCACAACUGAUUCCAAGAUCCCUUUGUGGCUCCUCCAAACAACCUUGGUUCCCGAAUGGUGCCUGGCUUCCGCAUGCCUUCCUCCCCUGGUCCUUGGUACUGUUUGGGUCUCUGCUCCCUUGCUCAUACCUCUACCCACUCUAGCACCCCACCAUCACCGCCAUCCUGAGCUGGGACGCCUCCCAGGUACUGACUGGCGGGCUGUUCCUACCUUCCUCAGAGCUAGGCCAGGAGCCCUCUACCACCCACUCAUCUAGUGUCUUCUGAACCCAUCGGGUUCCAGGAGAAAUCUCAUGGAUACCGAUUAUAUGUGCAUUCUCUACCCUCAAAAAUACCAGUCUCAACCAGAGAUAGGGAUGCCCUAAAAAUAAUCCAUUUGUUCAUUCAGCAUAUGUUUAUUGUGUACCUCCUGGAGCUGGACUAAACUGCUUAUAAGAUAGCUAUUGUCCCUGGACUUCCUGAACUAAUUGUCCCAGGAAGACAUAGACAUGGAAACAGGCAGUUAUAUAAUAGAGCAGAGGUAUAUGGUGGGAAGGAACAGGGCUCCAUAGGUGUUCAGAGUAGGUCAAGAUUUUUUAAUUCCUUAGAAUUUUAAAAAGGUAAAUUGACUUUGAUUUGCUUAGUUUGCAUUUAUGUCUUCUUAUUCUCCAAUUUAUGGCAUAUUUGUUUUCAAGUUUUAUAGUGAGGUCUAGUGGAGCUGGGGCAGUUCAUUCAACAUUUUUGAACCAAAAAACAAAACUUGUUUCCUUAAAAUACCAAGCUGUUUCAAGCAACAAUAUUUUGAUCAUAACAAAAAAAAAUGCUGAAAAAAAAAGAUGAAAUUGUUUUAGUCUAAAAAGGUCUUUUCACCAGCCUGCUGCAUUUAGUAUCCUUGGUAAAAGCACAUGUAAAAAACAAAGUUCGUAAGUGUGCUAGUUACGUUAUUGAAUAAAAACUGUAAAAAAAAAAUUUUUUUUAAACACAACUCAUUGUACUUCAUGCUUUAAAUAUCCAGUAUAGAUCCUGGAGAAAAAUAAAUAUUUCAGUAGAACUGGAGAUAUUUUGUGUAGGUGAAGAAAGGGCUGACAGUGAGAAAGGAGAAAAUAAGAAAAGGCAAACAAAAAAAGGAAAAAUGUGGGAUUCCAUGUUAGUUUUGAAUGUCUCUCUAUUAAUCAACAGAUUGAAUUUUCUCAACUCUCCUUUCCUUCAAGGUUUAACACAUAGUCCCAGGAUUCACAACAUUAAUGUUCUAGUAGAAUUCUCAGUAGUGUCCCUAUGUAUGUCUCCCCACUUCCAUUCAUUCCCCAGUGAAAUGGGCAUCGUCUUGCCUGCCUCACUGGAUUGUUGUGAGGGUCACAUAAGAUAUUGUGUGUAUGCAGAUGCUCUGUAAUACUAUAAAGUGCUUUACACUCAUAAGGCAUAGUUCUCAGUGGUCGUGGUCUCUCUGAACUGGAGCUGCUCUUCCUCGCUGGUAUAAUGCAGACAUUUAAAAUCUGUAAUCAGGACAGGAGUGAGAGCCAAAUGAAAAUGCAAGAAGCUAAAUAAAUGUCAUGGACAAAAAGAGGUGCUGGAGAAUCAGAUAAGAUUUUACAUUAGAUAGAGCAACGCAAGUGUGACCAGAUCACAAAUCAAUGAGUUUGAGCCGAGCAAAAGAGCAUAAGUUCUAAAUAAAAGGAGUGACUAAACAGAGUGCACGCCAGAGGCCAGAAGCUGUCAACAGAGGUCAGAACAAAAUGUCAGGCUAAUAAAACGGGAGUUCCAGGCUCUGAGGAACAAAGUGUGAGCCCAUGACGCUGUUGAUGAAAAAGCUCUGAGGAGUGUUGAAACAAAUUAGAGUUGUCAGUGGUACUCUGGGUCUGUGCUGGCUUGAUACCAAAGUCUCCAGGAAAAAAAGGGGCAGAGAGGAAUCAGAUCAUCCUCAGUAGUAGCAAACUGGCAACGAUGACGAGCCAGUUAAAGCAAACACCUGAAGAUGAGUUGUAUCUCUUUGCCUGUGGUUUAAUUGGGUAGGACUUCCUACCCCAUUCUGUACCGGGGAACAGGCAGCACCUGGGAGCCCUCUUCUUCUGCAGCAGUACUUGGUCCACACUUGCCACUGACGGCCCUGAUCCCAGGGACCCUGGGGGACAAUGCCAGGGGGUUCGGUUCACCAGUUAUCUGACACCCCAGACUGCAAAGGGAUUCUUAAGUGUGUCAAAUACGAACCUGAACUUUCCAAAUUAGGGGAGAAAGGCUUUUUUCUUUAGACAGAAGUAGAGGCUGAAAUGCCCAGUUCAGAUGCACAAAUUACACCAAAUUUAAUAACAUAAUAAAAAGAAAACAAGUCUGCACCAAGUUCUAAAGCUUGUCCGAAUAGUUUGCUGUAUUCUCACCCUAACUUGAAAGUGUAUGUGUUUCAAGCAAACAGAAUUCCAGCCAUACAAUGAAACACUGUGUGAGGUUCUGUCCUCAAUAUACCAAUUACUAAUGUGUCAUUUGUUAGUGUUUUCUACUGUGCUUUUUACCCAAUAAGACUGUAAUUAGGAUGUGAAUUUAGAGUAAAUGUCUUAUUUUGAAACUCA